AUGCCUAAAGGACACAUGUUAAUUUUUCCCUAAAAAUAUACUUCCUCCAAUCACUAUUAUAAACAAAAAAAUGACCUUUUAAGUUCAUUGAAAAGGCCAAUAAACUUAGAAAAAUGAUUUUUUGCUUAUAACAAUGACAGAAGAGUAAGUAAAGGCAUUAUGUGAAUAUAAAUAUGUGAAUUGAAAAAAUAUAAAUAAAUAAACAUGCUAGCUAGUAGCUACUAUCUGAUUUUCCCAACGACGUCGUUUAAGCAGCAUUUGUUAUGUACUAUGUACUAUAGUGCGUAGAUAGAGUUUACACUACACUCUGUUUCUGUUAGAAGUCACUGCGCGCCAUUGACAAUGUUUGCAGUGAAGUCUAAUCCAUUGCUCGUCCGAUCUCCGAUAGUGUUCUCCGAUAAGAAGCAUCGGAGAAACAUUUCACGGUCAUCUGGACGGCAGAGUGUUCAGAUUCAAGCAGUGAUCAGUAGCGGGGACAGUAAAACUGCAACAUCUCCGUUGGACAGUAAAGAGACUAACGGCUUGGUAGUACAACAUGGUUCUGGUUCAAGUGAUGGUAGCAACAACGGCGAAGUGUUAGAGGUGAAGGCGGUGGUUACGAUAAGGAAGAAGAUGAAGAGUAACAUUGUUGAAGAUCAGUUGGAGUAUUUCAUCAAUGGUGCUGGUCAGGGGAUACAAAUUCAGCUUGUCAGUGAACAAAUUGACCCUGUUACUAAUAAUGGAAAAAGGGUGGAAUCAUAUGUAAGAGGUUGGCUACCGAAGCCGUCAAACGUUCCAUAUGUUGUGGAAUACUCUGCUGAUUUCACAGUGCCAACUGACUUUGGAUCCCCUGCUGCUAUUCUCAUUACCAAUCUUCGGCCAAAGGAGUUCCACUUGCUGGAAAUCAUCCUUCACGGCUUUGCUGAAGGACCCGUUUUCUUUCCAGCUAACACAUGGAUUCAUUCGCAUAACGAUAACCCUCAAAGUAGAAUCAUAUUCAAGAACCAAGCAUAUUUACCAUCACAAACACCACCAGGUAUCAAAGAUCUUCGACUCGAGGACUUGCUAAGCAUAAGGGGUAGUGGUACUCACCAAGAAAAGGAAAGAAAAUCACAUGAAAGAAUCUAUGAUUAUGCUCCCUACAAUGAUUUAGGCAAUCCUAAUAAAGAAGAACUUGUUAGACCAGUCCUUGGAGAUCCCGAGAGACCUUAUCCUCGCCGCUGCAGAACUGGAAGACCUCCAACUCGCUCCGAUCCAAUGACUGAGACUAGAAUUGAAAAGCCACAUCCUGUUUAUGUGCCGCGAGAUGAAACUUUUGAAGAAAUCAAACAGGCUACAUUUUCUGCUGGAAGAUUGAAAGCUGUGUUACACAAUCUUAUACCCACAAUUUCCGCCAGUCUGUCCCGUUCAGACAUUCCUUUCAAGUGUUUCUCAGAAAUUGACAAGCUUUAUAUUGAUGGUGUUAGUUUGAUAGAUGAAGAGAAUAAAGGGUUAGUGGAUAGUCUCUUGGUGGGAAAAGUUAUGAAACAGGUCCUCAGUUCUGGAAAACGGUUGUUGAAGUAUGAACUCCCAGCUAUUGUAAAAGGAGAUAAAUUUGCAUGGUUGCGGGACAACGAAUUUGCAAGGCAGGCCUUAGCUGGAGUAAAUCCAGUGAAUAUUGAGCUAUUGAAGGAGUUUCCAAUCUGCAGCAAACUAGAUCCAACUGUCUAUGGCCCUCCUGAAUCAGCAUUAACAAAGGAACUGCUGGAGCAAGAACUUGGUGGAAUGAGCUUGGAAAAGGCCUUGGAGGAAAAGAGACUAUUUAUUAUUGAUUACCAUGACACACUUUUGCCAUUCAUCAAGAAGAUGAACUCUUUACCUGAGAGGAAAGCUUAUGCCUCCCGGACAAUUCUCUUCAUUACAAAGACCGGUAUUCUACGUCCUAUAGCUAUUGAGCUUUCACUUCCUCAAACACCUUCUUCGCCACAAAAUAAAAGAGUUUACACACAAGGCCAUGAUGCCACAACAGACUGGAUUUGGAAGUUAGCAAAAGCUCAUGUUUGCUCAAAUGAUGCUGGAAUCCAUCAACUAGUAAAUCAUUGGUUAAGGACUCAUGCAUGCAUGGAGCCAUAUAUUAUUGCUAGUCAUAGACAGUUAAGCCCAAUGCAUCCCAUUUACAAGUUGCUACAUCCUCAUAUGCGCUAUACAAUGGAAAUUAAUGCACUUGCUCGACAAAAUUUAAUAAAUGGAGGGGGCAUAAUUGAAGCAUCAUUUAGUCCUGGAAAAUAUGCCAUGGAGCUUAGUUCAGCAGCUUACAAGAACAUGUGGAGAUUUGAUAUGGAGUCUCUCCCAGCAGAUCUUAUUCGGAGGGGCAUGGCAGUAGAAGACCCUUCAAUGCCCUAUGGUGUAAAACUUGUGAUUGAUGACUACCCUUAUGCUGCAGAUGGACUCCUAAUCUGGUCUGCCAUUAAAGAAUGGGUAGAAUCUUAUGUUGAACACUUCUAUUCCGAAUCGAAUUCAAUCACAUCCGACGUUGAGCUCCAAGAAUGGUGGAGUGAAAUCAAGUUUAAGGGUCACCAUGACAAAAGUAAUGAACCCUGGUGGCCUAAACUAGAUAUCAAAGAGGACCUAUCUGGCAUACUUACAACAAUCAUAUGGAUUGCUUCAGGUCAACAUGCUGCUAUAAACUUUGGACAAUACCCUUUUGGAGGAUAUGUUCCAAACCGUCCUACCCUCAUGAGAAAACUUAUUCCUCAAGAAAAUGAUUCUGAUUAUGAAAAGUUUAUUCGAAAUCCUCAGCUUUUUUUCUUAUCAUCAUUGCCUACUCAACUUCAAGCUACCAAAGUAAUGGCUGUUCAAGACACAUUGUCAACUCAUUCGCCUGACGAAGAGUAUUUGGGCCAAACGAAUUAUCUGCAUAAUCAUUGGAUCAAUGAUAAUGAAAUCCUGAAAUUGUUUGGUAAAUUUUCUGCUAGACUUGAAGAGAUAGAAGAAAUAAUAAAUGCAAGAAAUAAGGAUCCGAGUUUGAAAAGUAGAACUGGUGCAGGUGUUCCUCCUUAUGAACUUUUGCUUCCUCUGUCAGGACCCGGUGUAACUGGUCGUGGAAUCCCCAACAGCAUAUCAAUAUGAUCGAUUGAUUGAUCGAUCAGUUUUGAUUGUGUUGGCAUCAUCACUUGCUACAUAGUAUAUUUGAUCUGAUACACAAUUUUUGUGGACAAACUUCGUAUGUGCAGUGCAGUGUAAGCAUUAUGAUUUUAUACAUGGCCAUAAUUGAUGAAUAUGUUUCUGCUGGCCUCCUAUAUGUAUAUUUUUCACAAGAUCUAAAGAUUCAUACUUCAAACUUCAAAGUUGUGAUUUGAAGCUGAUUUGAUAAAGUUUAUAUACGACAACAAGUUGUUGGAUCUUUUAUCAAA